AUGUUGAAACAUUUACUUGAGAAACUCGAAUCGGAGAGGAUGCCAUUACUAGGACCAAAUGUUAAGGCAUUAAAAUUCUGGGGACUGUUACUACCGAAGAAAACAUUAUUAAGAAAUAUCUAUUUACUAAUGCAUCUGUCUGUUAUAAUAUUCACAGCAACCGAAUACGUUGAUAUCUGGUUUAUAAAAUCCGAUAUAAGUUUGUUAUUGAAUAAUUUAAAGAUAACAAUGCUGGCAACUGUAAGCGUGAUCAAAGUAACAACCUUUCUAUUCUGGCAGAAAUAUUGGAAGAAUAUAAUCGAAUACGUGAACAAAGCUGAUUUAGCACAACGCAUUACUAAUGAAAAAAAUAAAAAAAUAACCAUAGAUAAAUAUACAAAAUACUGUAGAAGAAAAACAUACUUAUACUGGGCAUUAAUGUAUACAACUGUCAUUAUAGUGAUGUCACAACCGAUAUACAAAUUCUUAGCAUUACCAACUUAUAGAGAACUUGUUAGAAAUGGCACUGAAUCGUAUAUGCAAGUGGUUAGCUCUUGGGUACCUUUCAAUAAGAAUACAAUCCCUGGUCAUAUAAUUGCUUCGAUUAUACAAAGUUACGCGUCAAUUUACGGAGGUGGAUGGAUAACAUCAUUCGAUACAAAUGCAAUGGUUAUAAUGGUUUUCUUCAAAGGUGAAUUGGAGUUGUUAAAAUUAGAUUGUGCUGAUAUUUUUGGUACGGAAUCCAAUCCUGUAUCAGAUGAGGUUGCUAAUGCUCGUCUACGGAAUUGUUAUAGACGACACGUAGAGUUGAUAAAGUACACCCGUCUAUUUGAUUCCUGCCUCUCUCCAAUAAUGCUACUAUAUAUGUUUGUUUGUUCAGUGAUGUUGUGCGCUACGGCUUAUCAAAUUACAGUGGAGACGAGUGCGAUGCAACGCUUCCUCACUACGGAAUAUUUAAUCUUUGGAGUUGCUCAAUUGUUUAUUUACUGUUGGCACAGUAACGACCUCUUUUAUGCGAGUAUGCAAGUAAUGAAUGGUCCAUACAAUAGUAUUUGGUGGAACAGAAACAAAUACAGUCAAAAGGAUAUUCAAAUAAUUAUCGGACAAUUUAAUAGAACUAUAGUUUUCUCCGCGGGGCCUUUCACCAAUUUAACUGUGGCCACUUUUAUAAAUAUCUUAAAAGGCGCUUAUAGUUAUUACACUCUACUGCGACAGUCUCAAGAAACUGUUAGUGAAUAGAAGAAUUGAAAACCAGUAGCAACUGCAAAACAAUAUUUUACCAAUCAUAAAUU